UUGCGCGCUCGACCGGCGGCGGAGACACACGCGAACGGCGAGACAAACGAGAGAGACAGGACACAAAGCGCGGGCGCUGCGAACGGCCUUCGUUGUCGGCCGCGUCGAGAAGAAAAAAAGAAGGAAAGCAAAUUCCACGCGAAAGUCGUCUAAGGCGCGCUGUCUCGCCAGCUGAGUCUCUCUGUUUGGGCGACGACCUGCGGCGUCCUCACGCAUGUUUCUUCAGGAGAUCUGGCCGUCGUCCGACCAGGCGCGAUCCCCUCUUCCUGGACUCUUUCUCUUCGAACACAGAAGUCUCCCCUUUUUCUGCAGCCUCUCUCCACUUUUCUUGGCAUGUGAUCGUUUUGUCUCUCCCUCGCGUUCGUCCUGCAUCUGUGGCCUGUCCUGUCCAAACUUCGUUGCUGUGUCCCCGGCUCCUGUCCGGUCGCUUUCUUCUCCGUUUUGCCUUCUUCGCGCUUCCUUCUGUUCUCCAUUCGUCGACGAGAUGGCGGAGAAGAGUGAGCAGUGGCGGCAACGCGCCAUUGCGAUGGAGGAAGUGAAGAAACACAACUCAGAGAAAGACAUUUGGUGCAUCAUCCACGGUGUCGUCUACGACCUCACGCCCCUCCUUCACAAACACCCUGGAGGCGUCGACGUCCUCCUCGACUUCGCUGGCCAGGACGCGACGGAGGCGUUUGAAGACAUAGGACACAGCUUCAGCGCCAGGCAGAUGGCAGCGCCGUUCGCCAUCGGAGUUCUCGAAGGAUGCGAAAAAUCUGCCACGGGCUGCAUGAACAAAACGCUUCCGCGGAAAAACUGCUGCACUUCUGCCACUGCGACAAAGGGCGCCGAUUCUGUGAAAGGCAGCGUCGGCGCCGCCGCUCUGGUUGUUCUCGCAGCAGCAGCAGCUGUCUUCUACAUUCUGAAUCUUUCUUGACAAGCACAGCCACACUGGAGAACGGCCGUUGCCGGCAAAAGACAGAGGGAAGGCCGAGGAAAAGAGCUGAGAAGAAGUGAAGAAGACGUUUACAAAGGAGAGACGAAGUCCCCGAGAGGAGAAAAGGAGACAGACACAGAGGAGGAGACAUGAGAGAAGCCACCCUUCGUUGUGUCUCCGUGGAGAGGGAUCCUCUUCAACGCUCUCUUAUCUGCUUUUUCUUCUGUCGCACUUUACUUUUUUUUCUCGUACCCUCGACACCGAUUCCCGAUUGUUCGUUUUCGUUUUUUUCCUCCCCUUUCGUCCUUCGCAACCUGGUUGCUCUUUCCUUUUCGCGUCUGUUCUUUGAAAGAGAGAGAUGCGUUUCCCUGAGAAGCAGAAGCUCGGCUCUUCAACAGAGAUGCACGCAGUGUGUACCUCAAGCGUCUUCUGCCUUAAACUUUCCGAUCUCCUCUUCCUUUUUAUCUCGCUCUCUCCAUCUCUCCUGCGAGUCCACAUCUCUCCUCUUUCGCCUCGAAAAAGACUGUCUCUUCCUCUCUAAAACGGACCAUCUCUAGGAUGCACGAAACAGCG